CGUUGAACUCGCGCACCUCGCUCGCACCUCGCGCGUCGCUAGCGCCUGGCAAGGCAAGUCUCGGGAGACAGUCAACCCUUGGAGGCUUCGGCACGCGCAAGAGCUCGAUAGGAGGACGGCAGUCCAUGGCCCCGGGGGGGCGGCGCUCAACCCUUGCAGCAGGUGGGCCCUCGAAGCAGAUGGACGACCCGAGGAACGUGAAAGACAAGGCUUUCAUCAAUGCGGCGAAGCAUCGCCUCAUCGAGUUCCUUGUCGAGAACAACUACGACCGCCAGAUCAGUCUCAAGCAGUUGGAUGCUCCCACGACCAAGGAUUACCUUCACAUCCUCAUGUUCCUGUACAAUAAGAUCGAUCCCAAGUUUCAGCUGAGCCAGAACAUUGCGGAGGAUGUUCCAGCCAUGUUCAGACGUCUGCGAUAUCCUUUCAACGUGAGCAAGAGCCACCUUCAAGCUGUCGGCUCUCCGCAUGCCUGGCCCUCGCUCCUCGCCUCUCUCGUGUGGAUCGUUGAGCUGCUCCAGUAUGAGAAGCAAGUAGAAAUCGCAAUGAUGGAGGACCCUGAAUCCGAGAACCCUGACAAGAUGUUCUUCGACUACCUGGCAAAGGCCUAUGACUCGUUCUUGCAAGGCAGCGACAACGAUGAGUACAUCGAGCAGGAGCUGGCACAGGCCUUCAACGCUAAGAAUGAAGCAACACAGGAGGAAGUCGAUCGUCUCAACACAGCAAACAGGAAAAUGGAGGAGGAGAUAGAAGAGCUCUCAGAGUCCAAGCUUGAGGAGCUUCAGACGAAGCGCUCCCUGCUCCA